AUGAAGAUCAGCAUCAAAGCCAGCAACCUGCCCAUCGGGGUGCGCCUGACGACUUCAUUCGCAUACGUCGCCCGUCCGAGAGGCCUCGUUGGCAGAGCGCAAAGCCUCGUUGGCAGAAGCUCUUUGCGCUACAGGGUCCGCGCUACGAAUGCUCUUCGCCGCUGGAAGGCGGACAGAGAUGCUUUACGGACACGAUUCGCGAACGGCUUAGAGACCAUCGCUACUUCGAAUGAGGGCACGUCGGCAGCGAAGACUGGCCCGGUUACUAAGGGUGUGAUCGCGGCAAGCACGUCGUUGGCCAAGAGUGCAUUUCUGAAGGAUCCGGCUACGGCGGUGCGCGUGUCAGAGAGCAUACUCGCUGAGACGAAGCAAGUCCUUACGGAGAAGGGCUCAUCUACUGGAAUCGAGAACACGCUUCCAGCGGAAGACGUCGGUGCUAACGACGGCCCACACCAUAUCGAUGUCGCGAAUCCAAACUUCGAAACCAAGGUAUUGAACGUCUGUAGCAUUCAGAUUGACGACGUCCAUGAAUUCGUAAGUCCUUUCGACCACUUUGGUACAGAAUCACCAGUCACCAGGACUACAUCAUCCUCGGAAGAGCCUUCAACGGAGUACACCAGUGCCCUCGACCCACAGCCCGCCAGUAUCACUGAUUCGGACUUCGAGACCACGGUACUGAAUCCUCGCGGCAUCUGGAUUGACGACAAGCAAGAUUCUGUAAACCCUUUCGAUCACUUCGGUACGGAUCCACCGGGUACCAAGGUUUCAGCCUACUACAGAAGCAUAAAGAGAUUGGAGAACACGACGAUAUGGCUGGAAGGAGACGAAGGAUUCACGAAGACAGUCAUGGACGAAUACGAAACCAUGGAAACGUUCGAAUACUGCAAAGCGGAGUACGUCUUGUACGUGCUCGAGACCUUCAAGGGAGAGGCACGCAGAUGCGAAGGUCGUUUACCAGACACGCCUUCAUGGAUGACUGAGCGCAUGGUCGACCUCGACAUUCGUCCGGAGGGCAAUCUCUGGCGCGCACCCCCCGUCGUCGACACCAACAUGCUCCAUAAGCACUUCAACUUUAACGUCCAACCCGAUUGCUCGUACUGGCUUACCAUGCAAAGCUUCAGUCCUGACACCCGCAACACGACCACCGCCCACGUCCGCGACGGCCGCAUCCUCUACCCUUACCUGACCAUUGGCAUCGAAGCGGCCGAUAACUGCACCCGCCAGGCCAGGAACAAGGUCGCUGCCGCCGCAGCCCUUGAGCUGUACAACCGGCACAAACUCCGCGAAGCGUGCGCGACGACUUGCCCGACCGAGGCCCCGCUUCGCCACUACGGCAUCACGUUCGUGGGGUCCGGCUUUGAGGUCUGGUGCCUUGAAGCGGAUGAACCUGAGUCCGAAGACUACGUCGACGUCUGGACGGGCUGUCGUAUGUACAGGCUCUACCAAGCCUCGUGUAGGACUGCCGAGGGCAUGUGCGCGCUUGUUUGCUGGGUGCAUGAGAUCCAUCGGUGGGGAUUGAGCGUCCAUGGACCCGACUGCGAGAGAGACCUUACGGAUACUCACGUUGCGAGGGAGGAUGAGGGCUCUGACUGUGAGGGAUGA